GAUGAAAUACAAUCACCAAUGCUAAUCAAUGGAAGAAAUUUGAAUCGGAAUUAGUGUUCGUUCAUUGCAGUCUUCAAUAUUGACCCAAGCAAGAUGUCCAGACCAACACCUGACAAUUUCCCGAAACCGAAGUCCAUUACAGGGGGCUGUCUUUGCGGUGCUCUGCGAUACAAGGUCGACUUCCCCGACGACCACGACUUUUUGAAACAAAGCUCAAGUUGUCAAUGCACGCAAUGCCGGCGCAACACAGGAACCCUAUUCCUCGUAGCGCACACUACCCCGCUAAGCGGAUUCACAUUCCUAACGCCCACGACAACGCUGAAAAAGUUCUCCGCGACGCCGGGUUUCCAGCGCGCAUUCUGCGCUAACUGCGGGGGCUUUCUGUACUGGCGGGACGAGUCGCUGGACGAAGUCGCGGUGGCGGUAGGGACUGUGGACCCGGAGUACCUAUCCAAGUACGGGUUCGCGCUUGCGAGUGCCUCGGACAAUCUCUGGUGCGAGAACGAGAUUAAGGGCGUUACCGAUGUGAUGAUUGGCAAGGAGAGAGGUAUCAGGUGGGCUAGGAGUAGCGAAGAGGGUGUUAAAAUGUAAAGGGCACCUGCAAUGAAGCGAAAUUUAUCCUGUAGGGAAUAACACGCCUAAAAGCUCGCUUGUAGACAAUGAUAAUAC